CCUGGACCUGCUAACAUGCUCCGCUUCAGCCUCAGCAGCACUCUGUUGCUGGCAGCAACCUGUUUGUUCACAGCAGCAGUUACAUCCACAGAGAGAAUUAUCACCUGUGACGAUGGCCACAGUGUCCAACGCCUGAGCUGUGAGAUCGGAGUGAUCAGUGUGGAGGCAUCUCUAUAUGGACGAGCAGACAGCAAGACCUGCAGUGAGGGCAGACCUGCACACCAGCUCGCUAAUACAAAGUGCUCCCAGCCUGGAACUGUAGACAUCCUCAAGAAAAGGUGUGACGGCAAGAAGGUUUGUGAACUAAACACAGGGGCCGUCCGUAUCUCUGAUCCCUGUUAUGGCAUCUUUAAAUAUCUAGAGACCAACUACACCUGCUUCCCAGCCAUUCACCUGGUUGUAUGCGAGAACUCUUUGGCACAACUUUACUGUGAUGGAGGUCAGGUCAUAUUGGUUUACGGUGCUGAUUACGGACGCCACGACUCCACCACAUGUUCUUACCAACGACCUCCCGCUCAGGUCCGAAAUACCUACUGCUCAAAUCCUGGGACCAAAGUGGCUGAAAGCUGUAACGGGAAAAGCAGCUGUACCAUCAGAGCCAGCAACUCGGUGUUUGGGGAUCCAUGUGUCGGCACCUACAAGUACCUGGAGGUGGCUUACACCUGUCAAUAUCCUCACAUGCUCUGCUUCAGACUCAGCAGCAGCCUGUUGCUGGCAGCAGCGUGUUUGCUUGUGACAGCAGGCUUUUCUGCAGCGCAGCCCAUGUUGCCCCUCCGUGCAGUGUCCACAGAGAGAGUCGUCACCUGUGAUGACCUGAACAACGUCCAGCGCCUGAGCUGUGAGACCGGCGUGAUCAUUGUGCAGACAGCUCUGUAUGGACGAGUAGACAAGGAAACCUGCAGUGAGCACAGACCUGCACACCAACUCACUAACACAAAGUGCUCCCAGCGUGGCACUCUGCAGGUCAUCAAACAAAGAUGUGAUGGCAAGAAGGAUUGUGAAAUUAACACAAAUGUGGUUCGAACCUCUGAUCCCUGCUAUGGCAUCUAUAAAUACCUGGAUGUCACUUUUGCCUGCUUGCCAGCAGUCCGCACCGUUGCAUGUGAGCACUCUGUGGCAAAUCUGCAGUGUGAUGAAGGACAGGUCUUAUUUGUCCUUGGAGCUGAUUAUGGACGCCGUGAUAAAACCACAUGCUCUUUCCAACGACCUGCAUCUCAGAUCCAAAACGUCCAUUGUUCUAAACCCACAAGCAAAGUUGCUGAAAGCUGUAAUGGGAAAAGCAGCUGUACAGUCAAAGCCAGCAACUCAGUGUUUGGAGACCCCUGUGUCGGCACCUACAAGUAUCUGGAGGUGGCUUAUAGAUGUCAACAAAAGCAAAAGAUAAUAACUGUUCUCAUGUGUGACAGUAAUGACAGUAAUGUGUCUUUUUCAGUGCUGGCAGCAACCUGUUUGUUCACAGCAGCAGGCUUUUCUAGAGCACAGUCCCUCCCGCCACGCACUGCUGAGUCCACAAAGAGAGUCAUCACCUGUGAUGACAACGACAACGUCCAGCGCCUGAGCUGUGCCAAAUACAGCGUGAUCAGUGUGCAGAAAGCUUUGUAUGGACGAGAAGACAAGGUGACCUGCAGUCAAGGCAGACCUGCACAUGAGCUUAGUGAUACAGAAUGCUGCCAGGAAGGCACUCUGGAGGUCAUCCAAAAAAGAUGUGAUGGCAAGACGGACUGUGAAAUAAACACAAAUGUGGUUCAUACCGGUGAUCCCUGCUAUGGCACCUAUAAAUACCUGGACAUCACUUAUACCUGCUUGCCACCAGGUCAGUUACGUUUCUGCUUCUGA